AUGCCCUUAAGAAGUGCCAGGUGCUUUUUUGUUGUUGAUGUUGCUGUCAUUUUUGUUUCUGUCUACUUUUUGGGAUCUUUUUCCUCCUUUAUAUUGUUUAGAGGUCAAAAAAACCUUCAAAAUGCUCAGGGAAGAGACAACCCCUCCAAAAAGCAGAAAACAGGCCUCAAAACCUCUGUGAACAUCAAAAAGAAGAAUAAAAGUAGAAAGUGUGGGCAAAGUGGAGAAAGAGAGUCUGAUCUAAAAGAACACGAUAAGCAUUUGCCCAAAGGUUGCAAAUGGAGUUUUCAAGUGUCUGACUUGCAACAUUUGAGCAGCACCGAGCGCAUAACAGUUCUCCAAGCAAAAAUGCAGGAAAUCCGGAAACGUUACCUGCUGUUGAAAGCUGAGUUGGCUGCCAUUGACCGGACAAAGCGCUUAAAGAAAAAGAAGGAGCAGGAGAGGGCUGCUGCCAUGUCAAGUUCUUCACCAAAUGGAAUGCCAGGGGAAUGCAGCAGAAAGCAAAAGUGUGGCCCAGCAUUAAUGCAGCACCAGUCAAAACAAAGCUGAAUUUUGAUUCCUGCUCAUUAUGAUAGUUUGAAAAUGUCAUAGCAAGCUCCUGAAAGUAUCUGCUGACUCCUUGUAUAAA